UCACUGUAAUUUCGGAUUCUUGCAAUGGAUGCUGCUGCGACUUCUUUCGACAAGAAUCUUGAGCUGAUUGAUAUUUCAUCUGAGGACGAUUUUCUCAUCGCAUCUGAUCCUUUUCGCCAUUCUCUAGACGAUGAUUUCCGAUUCUCAGUGGGAUUGGGGAAUAUAGAUGAAGAGGAGAUUAUUGAAUUUUCUCGAGCUAUGAACAACAAUACAGAAGGAAGAAAGAAGGAUGUAUAUUCUUCAUCAAUCAACACUGGAAGAAUAAGGAAUUCGCGUAAGAGUUUAGCUUGGGACAGUGCUUUCUUUACCAGUCCAGGAGUUCUUGAUCCAUAUGAAUUAUCAAUUAUUAAUAAAGGAUUUAAAGAAGUUGAAGAUCGUGUAUCAUGUGAUGAUGAUUUGGAUGCUUCAUUAGAAGAUAUUGAUGGUUUCUCCGUGGGAAGUAGUGAAUGUGAACUGUUUGAAGAUGUAAGAGCAUCUGUCCACAGGUCCUUCACUUCAUCUUGUUGGAAAUCAGUAACUAAAGAGGCCAUCAAACAUAAUGCCCAAUGCAGUAGAUCGUCAACUAAAGAACCAGCUUUAAAGAAGGUUGAUGCGGUUUACCAACAACAUGGGACUCUAUCCAAGCCUACUAACAGGAGAGGAAAUGUCUAUAUAAAAGGAUCUAAGAGUAGUACUGAGUAUGCAAAAACUCCACAAAAGAAUGCCAAGACUGUUUUGGAUUCUCAUAAGCUGCCUAAAGUAGUUAAAGGGUGGAACAACCCGGUCUCAUCAGCAAGUACUAAAAGAUCUAGUAGUAAACAACUCGUCAAUCUACCAAGUAAAAUCGCAAAAUGUGUUGUACCUGGAACUCCAAGAACUCCAAUACUCCCUAAACCAGUUUCCAAUAAAGUUAAUUCCCGAUAUGAUUUAUCAUAUUCGGUUUCAUCGUCUGCUAGCAUUUCUUCUCAAUCUUCAUUAAAAAAAUCCAGAGGGAAAGUGCAUUCAAAUACCAAAUCAUUAUCUGUUACUGAAUUACCCUGCAAAACUCCUACCAGAAACAAAUUGAUGAAUUCUUAUCAUUAUUCUCCAUUUGAGUCAGCUGUCUCUAGCUCCAUUGAUGGAUUUUCUUCUGUUAGAUCUUCUUCUUCUUCUUCUUGGUCUUCUACAAACCGACCUUCUAAAGGUCUUAACAGUUUAGUUGACACUACUCCACCAAUCUUCUCUUAUGAUUUUCAUUCAAGUCAAUGGGUGUUGUCACCAACUCAGCUUACUCAUGAAAGCAAAAGUAGUUCUUCAACAGAAUCAAGAAGAAGUUGCAAGCCUUCAGGUCUUCGUAUGCCAUCACCAACUGUUGGCUUCUUUGAUGAGGAGAAUUCCAGUAUUCAAUUCAGCUUUGGAGCUCAAUGCCCCUUGAUUGUAUCUGAACCUGAGAAAACUCCAUUACAUAAUCCAGACACAGAAAUCUGUAGAAGAUCUACUAAGAAGAACGAUUUGGUUAAGGUGCUGCCAUCAAAAUCCAGGAACCUUAAUAAUAAUAAUAAUAAUAAUGGGUUGAUAGAGAGGAGAAGGUCAGGGGCAAAACCGGGAAAUGUUCUCAAGACUAGCCUCCGGCUCAGUAAAAAUGCUGAUUUAUCUAACAAAAAGGCAGGAAAUAAAACCUUACAGUUGGGAGAUAAAGAGAAUUUGAAUGUGAAUGUUUUAAGCAGACAAUUUGGAGGGCUUUUGGUAUCUGCUAGCUGAAGAAGGCCAAUAAUGCUCUAUUAUGUGAUAGAAUUCUAUGAAAAGUUGGGUUUUACUUUUUACCCCUUUGCAUUUGUAGAUAAAAUUCCACUACUUCUUGAGACUCA